AGUUUCUAACGCUUCGUUCGUUAUUCAUUACGGUUUUGUGGUCGUGUUCGUUACCCGAUCGUGUUUCAUUGCGCAGUUGUGUUUCGUUACCUGAUCGUGUCUCGUUGCGCAGUUGUGUAUCGUUACGCGGUGCGUGUGAUCAAGUUGUUAAACUCGAUGUGAAAAAGCGAUCAGAUGCCGA